CACUGGAGUUGAACGUUGUAGAAACCCAGUAUAUGGCGGAGGGCAGAACCUAGCUCAUCUUAGUCCUGGGGUCACUCAAUAGGACUGGGUUGUGUUCCGGGCAAUAGACCAAACUUCUAUGAUACGGAAUCAUGGGACCCAAAGCAGCGCGACCAGAUCUGAUCGUUUGCCAUAAGCCCAUCUUCUUUCUGACCUCAUUUACAACAGCCCUAUCUAACCGGACUACAAGUAACUACCUCCGUCAAGAUGAGGAGGAUAAUGCUUGGUACGGCUAUUGAUAGCGGCGCGGAAACUCAUUUCGCAGAACCUUGCCGACCAAUAAACGUUUGAUCUUGUAGUUGUCCCGGAUAGGUAGCCAGAUGGCGGGAAAGUACUUUAGGUUUUGGGAUCGACGACAAGGAAGGAUUAAAAACCCGCUCUUUGGCCUGAUCUCAUCCCCGGUGGAUGAGGAUUACGCAAGACCCAUCAUCAAAGUAUCGCAAGUAGAGAUGGGGUCUCCAAGGCUGCUCAGAAGGGUUACUGUACACAGUAGAAAGGCAAGAAGGAGGGCGGGGCAAAAUGGGCAGUGAGAAGAAGAUCGAUGCAGGCUUGAUCCUGCGAAUAACCUCAUGCCAGCCGUGCGAACUAUGACAUAUCGGGCACCCUCCUCGCUUUUGAGAUGGCGUGGGCCAGAAGCUAGCUCUCUCCCGAGUAAGAAGAAGCGCUGUGUUGGGCCCGAAUCUGCGCAUCCAGACUCUAAAGACGGGCCGCCUCCUCCGCAGGCAUACACAGUACCUACCUUACGGAUACGUGCCAUUUCCAUAUCCGUAUUGACAGCGGGAUCCAUCAUUCAGGUUGUGCCAGGCGGCCCAGGCCAGGAGCCAGCAGCACCAGAGGCGAAGCCACGCUGCCACGCUGCCAUGUGCGCGUACCAACCCUCUUUUCUGGGUCUCUUCCGUCCGGACACCGUUCGGGGCGUUGUUGACAUUUACACGUUGUACCCACACCUUGCGGGGCUUUUCCCAGCGUUUGUCGAAGAAACACUACCGAGUUUCAGAGUGAUCGGUUGUGUGCCUGAACUAAGCUCUUCUCGGACCGAGGCUGUUGACAUCGAGAAUUGACCCUGUGCGGAUCUUGGCGCCAUUGAUAGAAAUCAAGUACCCCGAAUGCAGAGUGCUGUGGGUGUUCUUCCAUGACAUGGCCCAGGGAAACUCGUCAAUAAUUCCAGAGCUGAUGUACUGAUGUAACAGUCGUCAAGCUGCUCUGUGAAGCGCAAGCUGUAGUCUUGACUGGGCUUGACAAUAUCAACCCAUACCCGAGGAAGAUCGCCGCGGCAAGUGGGUAACUCUCAUUGUACGGAGUAGACGGGAUGUCUAAUCAGCUAACGAACCCGCUGUACACUCGCAAGGCAGAUGACCGUUGACGACAUGCCGUGGGCUGUGAGUUGAUUGUAGUGAUGCGGAAUUUUCGAACUUCAGCCAAAACACAGUGGAUGACUGGAUCUGUAGAUACUUCAUAACUUGGAAAUGCUUUCCUUCUCGACAAAUGGGUAAUCAUAAGCGCUGCGAUGCCGAUUGCAUACUUGAGGGAACUCAACGCUCUCAUCGCGGACGACAAGUGAUGAGUCCAGUGGUGGCGCCUUUCUGAACAUCUUCAUGGACAGUUCGGGACUUGGUACAAGUGAGAAUGACGACAGCUCCAGCAUAUAGUUCGGCAGAGUUUCUACCUCUUCUGCGCCAUGACCCGUCGUCUCGUCCCCUUGGAUAACUUUGCUCAAAAAUAGCCCUCUGACCAAAGAGAAUGCACGUUUUCGGCACAAUCCUGUGAGAUAAGGCUUGAGCCGGCACGUUGCGGCAACGCUUGACGUGCUCGGUUCGAAACGAAAGCCAGGAUAAGCACGUUGGUUGGUUGCCAACCAGUCCGAGGCUUACGACUUGGGAGGCGAUGAUAUGCUAGAUGGCUUCGUUUUGCCUGUGCUUUGCAGAUGGGCGUGCAGUAGCGCGACUCCUUGCCGUCAGAUCAGUGGGCAGUCGGCAAGCUUCUCUUCUUGUCGGGCCAGGGAGACAAGUUGAGCGAGUCGAACCGAGCUCGUCGUUGGACGGAGCAAGGGGAUCUUCGACUCGGGCUUCCAAACACUCUGGAAGGGUCUGAACGUGCAGAAUAACCGCACAGAGUGCAUCGGUAGCGUGCUGGCUGCGUCGCGACUUGUCACAUCAUGCCAGAUCAGUCUGUUGCUCCGUUUUCUGUCGGCAACGCCUAGCCUCGUCUUGCAAGUGUAGUGUUCUGACACGUCGUGCUCCAUAUGACGGGCUGCUUCAGCCCUCAUCCCUCCCUUCACCUUUGAGGUAAUCCGCUCGUGGCCAGUCACCUGAACUUGCGCAGCGCCUAUCGGAGUUCGGAGGUGCCGUCACCACGACAUAUAGCGGCGCACAGCUUGAUGCCCGAGCGACGGGACCACAGACGGCCGCAAUGCUGCGGAGUCACUGACCGUCUUGGUAUUGCCAAUCAACGUAUCCCGAGAUAGACGACUGAAGAGACCGCCGUUUCCAAGGGGUGUCCGGAAGUUGUGUCAUGAGGUAACGCAACGCUUAAAGCUUACAUGGGCAGCUGCAAGCAGUAAGCACCCCUGGCGCUGCUCACAUUCCAGGCGAUACAAAACGUGGCAAUCCUAGAAUCAAUUGUGUUUCAAGAGGUUUGCCGCCUGGUAGUCCAACAGGCAAUGUCGAGUUGUGUAGGGCAUUCGUUCAAUGCCUUGGCAUGGAGCACCGACGGAGCCGACUCCUAACGACAUUCCUUACAGCUCAGCAUCCGUACAUAAGCUUGUAAAAAAGGAGAGACGCGGUCAUCGCCAUCGGAAUAACUCUACUCUAUUGGCCUAGGCCAUGUCGGGUGCUGAGUCUAAGUAUGCCGCUUGCGAAUACGAAUCGUGACACGGAUGAGAAGACCAUCGAUAUGUUUGGGGUGUUUUCCUUUUCGGCACAAACAAUGCGCCCAGGCUGGAAUGGAAGUCACCAUUGAAGAAUGGCCUGGUGGUCGUCGCCAGUUCAAAGAAGGCGCUUGUAAUGCUGACCUGGUGGUGAGGCGGGCAUGGUUGACUCUGCGACCCAAGACGGCUCGUCCAGAAUAGUGCUUGGCAGGUAUGGCUUCCCAAUAGCUUGAGCAAUGUCAAUGUCAAACAGACGUGCGCUGCCCGAAUCGACACUACAGGAGGACCGGACCCCGAUCUGUGCGCAGCGACUGGCGGAUGAGACUGGCAAGCGGCAAGCCGUUGACCUUGUUCGUUGUCGGUCGACUAAGGCUGUUGACGCAACUAGGCCGCAAGCAGCCACGGCUCUUCGGACGUCUUUGGUGGGUAGAAGACCGCUUGAGGUAAUUGCAGUGACGAGGGAGAAUGGAUCGAACAAGGAGGCAGAUUGGAGAAUGUAUCGGAUUCAAUCGCCAGAGCCGCAUUGAGGCCUGACCGGCACUUUACAGCACCAAUGCGCCAGGGAAGACACGCACGCGUGACACCGUACGAAGAGUCGA